GCCUCUCAUAUCCCUCCGCUGUUUUUGUCCCCCUUUCAGGCUGUUUUGGUCUUUUCGCUGUUAGCAACGGAAAGAAUCCGAGAUAGCUGCAAACCCGAUUUUGAGAUAAUAAUUAUAUAACAAAUUGACAAGAGGUGUAACACACAUGUUCAUUUCGGAAAAGUUACUAGAGCGUGUUGUCUUUUUUUAAAUAUUUUUUUUUUCAGUUUUAAUAGGAAUUGUACAGGUCGCUAAUUUAGCUAGCAACUGUUAGCCAGGCUAGCUGCUUAGCAAAGCAUCCUCCUGAACAGGCACGUUGACUUUAGCCUGCUGGCUAAGCUAGGUCUUCGGAUUGCCCAACGUUAGUGAGGUACCGCACACCGUCUCAUCGUCAAGAAAUUGCGGCGUGAAACUGGUCUGUUAAAGACGCUGUCUUUUAUGGGAUCACCAUGUCAAUGAAGGCCGGUGGAAAUCGCAGCAAGCCCGGCGGUGGUAGCACCGCCGGUGCCGCCGCCGCCUCCGGUGCCGGAGGAAGCGGCGGGGGAAGACAGAAUCUGGGCAGGGGGAGACACAGUGGCAAAGGUCCAGCAGCAGUCAUUUUCAAUGGUGUAUAUGCAAAUAUGAGGAUGGUCCAUGUCUUGACUUCAGUGGUGGGGACCAAGUGUGAGCUUAAAGUGAAAAAUGGAGCCAUCUAUGAGGGAGUAUUUAAGACCUAUGGCCCAGAGUGUGACCUGGUGUUGGAUGCAGCCCACCGAAAGAGUACAGAACCGAGCACAGGGCCCAGGAAAGAAGAUAUUGUAGAGAGCAUCAUUUUCAAGGCUUCUGAUGUCGUAGUUGUGAACUUUAAAGAUGUGGACCUAAAUUUCGCCAGGAAAGUCUCCUCAGACACAGACAACUUCACAGAUGCAGCAGUGACUGGCCGGAUCAAUGGCGAGCAUAAAGAAAAAGAUCUUGAGCCCUGGGAUGGAGGAGAGACCCACAACUCCGAUAGCCUCGAGUCUCUGGAUACUGAUGUGUCUAAUGGGUGGGAUCCCAAUGACAUGUUCAAGUACAAUGAGGAGAAAUAUGGAGUCUUGUCCACAUAUGACAGCAGCCUGUCCACAUAUACGGUACCUUUAGAGAGGGACAACUCAGAAGAGUUCUUGAAGAGGGAGGCGCGUGCUGCCCAGCUGGCAGAGGAGAUCGAGGCUAGUGCCACGUACAAGGCCCGCGUUGCUCUGGAGAAUGAUGAACGGACUGACGAGGAGAAAUUCACUGCUGUUGUGCGAGGGGAAAGGGAGACUCACACACUUGGCAGAGAGAACAAGUACAUUCCUCCUGGUCAGAGAAACAGGGAGGCAAUGUCAUGGGGGCCAGGACGUCAGAAUUCACCUCGUCUUGGUCAGAGCUCAGCUGGACCCCCCACUCCUCGACCAGGACCCCACGACUACAGUCCCAGUUCUGGAUCCGACCAGAGGGUGGUUAAUGGAGGUUCAUCCCAUUGGCCCUCACCCUGUCCAUCUCCUUCCUCCCGUCCCCCUUCUCGUUACCAGUCCGGUCCCUCCUCCCUGCCUCAUCGGGCAACCACGCCCACCAGGCCACCUUCCAGGCCCCCCUCUCGACCUUCCAGACCUUCCUCUCAUUCAUCCCACCUCUCUUAUCCCUCCUCUUCAUCCUCCCUUUCCCACCAUGGGCCCACAUCGCCAGCCUCCGCUCUGGCCAAACGCAUGUCUUCAGAAGGUCCACCAAGGAUGUCUCCAAAAUCUCAGCGGACGCCUCGUGCUCACAGAGUGCCACCCUGUCGGACCAGUGGAGUACCCCAAGGAGUGGACUUAAUUUCCCAUAAUCCCCCUGGAGAGUCCAUAGUGACUCCACAAACCAGGAGCAGCUCUUCCUCUGGAGGGACAUGGUCCUCAGUGGUUAGCGGAGCUCACAGACCUCGCUCCCCCCGACAGAAUAGUAUGGGUGGAGCUUCAGCUGGCUCCUCUUCCCUCCCAUCACCUCAGACAGGUACAGCUCCUGUGGAAACUGUUACUACUCCAACAUCAGCUUCCUCUCCUACUGCAGCUAGCCCUGCCCCCAGCAUAGUCACUUCUUCAUCAGGAGAUGCAAAAGAAUGUCGUGCCCAGGAGACUAGACAAACAUCUCCUACAAACAAGGAGAACAUCAAGCCUUUGGAAAGUUCACCUAGUUUUACAAGACAAGUUUGUAAAGGACCGCCUUCUAUACCAUCAGACCACAGAAAACAAAUAGAUAAUUUAAAGAAAUUUAGUGUAGAUUUUAGGUUGCAGUCUAGUUCCAACCCAGACCCUCCCUGUGAACCAGUGAUGACCAAGUCUGCUAGAGACCCUGCAGACAAACCUAAAGAUCUUCCCCUGGACAAAGCCUCCACAGUGGGGAGGGAGGCCACUGAAGAUGGUGUUGUAGUAAUUGCUGCUGGCACACCUAGUGGUACCCAUGCUCCACCGACUACCACCACAAGCACCAGUAAGCCUGGCAGCCCCGCUGCAAUGUCUCAGUCUCCCUCUGCUACUGACCAGAAGAGGCCAGGGCUUGAUGUGACAUCACAGGGAGUUCAGACGACGGCCACCUCAACGUUCAGCGGACCCAAGCAUGAAGAGAAGGAGGAGAAAAAAGAAGCAGUGCAGGAUCAAGUGAGAAAAUCAACCCUGAACCCAAAUGCUAAUGAGUUCAAACCCAGGUUUAAUACACAGCCCAAACCAGCCAACACCCCAACGCCUCCCCGGCCUCAAGGCCAGCCCAGCCCCUCCAUCGUGGUCCAGCAACCUCCAACUGUUUAUGGCCAGACAGUCUGUUUCCCCCAGAUGUAUCCGCUGACGCCAGUCAGCCCUGGAGUUCAGAAAAGCAUAAUAUGGAAGUCUCCCAUGUACCAGGUUCAGAUGCCUAUGACAGUGAGCCAAUCUAAACCCUACAGACCAGGUAAAGUACCUAACAUGCCCCAGCAGAGGUCAGACCAGCACCAUCCGCCAGGCACACCCACCAUGAUGCACCCAGCCACAGCAGCAGGGCCACCGAUUGUAGCACCGAGCCCGGCUUACUCAGCGCAGUACUUCACCUGCAGCCCACAGCAGUUCACCAGUCAGCAGCUCGUCCAGCAGAUGCCUCACUACCAGUCACAGGCACAGCAUGUGUUCAGUCCAGUGAUGCAGGGCAGUGCCAGGAUGAUGGCGCCUCCCACGCAUGGCCAGCCCAGUCUCGUCUCUUCCUCUACUACACAGUACCCAGAGCAGACACACACCAUGUAUGUGUCUCCAGGGCCAAUGCCUCAGCAGUACCCCCACCCUAGUGCCACCUUGCACCCUCACCCGCAGCACCCUCAGCCCUCUGCCACACCUACAGGCCAGGCACAGCAGGGUGGACCACAACAUGGAGGCCCUCCUAGCCAUCCAGCUGCCAGCCCAGUCCAGCACCCACAGCACCCACAGGCAGCAGCAGCAGCAGCAGCAGCAGCAGCCCAGGCCCUCCACCUGGCUAACCAGCCUCCACAGCAGCAGAUGUAUUCGGCCUUGGCACCCACGCCACCUUUGAUGACCCCAGGGCCAAACCCUCAGUCCCCACAGGCAUCUUUCCCUUCUGCUCAGCAGGCUGUGUAUAUCCACCCACAGCAGGUCCAGCAUGGCUACAACCCCAACCACAUGGCGCACGUGCAGCAGGCCCAUAUGCAGUCUGGUAUUGUGCAAUCCCACCACCCGGCACCCACCCAUCCCCCAAUGAUGCUCAUGGCUACCCAGGGUCCUCCAGCUGGUCCACAGCCACCUAUGCCCCAGACUGCCCUUAACCCCAUCCCUGUUUCCUCAACCACACAUUUCUCCUACCUGGCACAUCCACAAGUGCAACCUCAUCAUCAGCAGCAGCUGUAGAUGCGUCAGCGAGCUGAGGGACCCGCUCUGUGCCGCGCUUCUCAACCAGAGCCUUCAUAACCAGGCGAUGAAGAGGAUGAGAGAGCCCACCCUCUCCUCUCUUCCCUCAUCCUCACCAGACAUGCUUCACAUCAGCUUUUCUCUUCCCUCCCUCCUCCCUCCCUCCCUGACCAGGCAAUAAGAGAAUGUUAACAGGUUGAUGCAGUGACAUGUUUUAACGAGCUAGAGUUUUAACAGACAAGACUGCUCCUAUUCAGGCCCCCCACACACAAGCACACACGCAUACACAUACAGAUCUGCAAACACAGAUAGUUAUACCUACAUCUACACACACUUUCAGGGGUCCCAAAUUGCAACUUAAGUCAGCUUGCCAAGUAAGAAGUGAAAGAGAGUAAACAAUCAGCGAGUGUGAAGAAGAAAAUUCAACUGGAACUCGUAAUUUUUGUCCGCACCUUGUUAUGAAAAGAAUCUUCCAACCUUUAGACAGUAUUAAUCCUACUGUUUAUUGCUGCUGCUAUGUGCUGCAUUUAUUUCCAGACUACACGACACGUUUCUAACCAAACUAAAAACGAAACAUGACGAGAAACUUUCUGUGAAAUAAACUCAUGUUGGCAGCCGAGAGGACAGGAGAAAGUGUUAUUUAUGAAAUUAUAACGGCUGAGGUGAUCAGAUCCCACUUCUCACCCGACCCUUAUGUAACUUUUAAGUUAAAACUUUUACUUUGUAGAUAAUAUAAAUAAUUUAAAAAAUGAGCAAAA